AUGCCUAAAACGGGAUAUUUAAUUGCCAUAGCUGCAUUAUUCAUUGCUGCAACACAAGCCAGUCCAAUUGAAUUGGGUCAUUAUGGACAUGGACCAAUUUUAGCACAUGCUCCAGUACAUGCUAUUCAUGCUGAGCCCGUGGCCUAUCCAAAAUAUUCAUUCAAUUAUGGCAUCAAGGAUCCCCAUACCGGUGAUAUCAAAUCGCAAGCCGAAGAACGUGAUGGAGAUGUAGUUAAAGGUCACUAUUCGUUGGUGGAACCCGAUGGUUCUGUACGUACGGUUAACUACAGUGCCGAUGAUCAUAAUGGUUUUAAUGCUGUUGUUCACAAAUCUGCUCCAGCUGUACAUGCCGCACCAGUGCAUGCUCCCGCCUAUGCUCAUGCUCCAUUAUUGCAUCACUACUAA